AUUUCAAUUAUUUAACUAAUUUAAAGCUAAUUACAUGUCUAACCACACACAUUCUUGCCUCUCCCUUUUGCAGAUUAACCACAAAACAAAAAAAACAACUUAUAGACAGCCACCAUUUAAGCCAUAAAAAGAAAAAACUUGAAGAAAAAAAAUAACCCAAGACAGAGAGAUCCAAGCGAACCGAUCACGAUGAAGGAAACCAAAGUAGUUGACGAAGAAGGCGGAGCCAAUCCAUUGUCCGAAUCUCUAUUGAAAAUAGCCAAACGCGAGCUACGCGAGGAUCGUUGCACCAGAGAGCAAAGCUUGGAACAAUUACGAAAUUGGGUGAUCAAGAAUGAGGAUCUACAAAAUGUGCGCUGUGAUGAUACGUUUCUGUUGCGCUUUCUGCGCGCCAAGAAGUUCAGUGUACCGAUGGCUGAGCAGACGCUACUCAAGUAUUUAAACAUACGUCGAACCUUUCCACACAUGAGCACCAAACUGGAUUAUCUGGAGCCCCGUUUGGCCGAUGUCAUUGAGCAGGGCUAUAUAUUUGCUGCCCCACAGCGUGAUCGUCAUGGUCGUCGUGUGGUUAUAAUCAAUGCCAAAGGAUUGAAUCCAAAAUUGCAUACUAGUUGCGAUCAGGCCAAAGCACAUUUCUUGACCUACGAAUGCCUGAUGGAGGAUCAGGAAACCCAAAUAACAGGCUUGACACAUGUCGGUGAUUUUUCGGGUGUAUCGACCGCUCAUGUCACCAAUUGGAAUCCCACAGAAUUUGCCCGUAUCUUCAAGUGGGGCGAACAGAGUCUGCCGCUGCGACAUAAAGAGAUCCAUUUGAUAAAUGUCCCCUCGACACUGAAGUGGUUAAUUGAUUUCGUGAAAAAUCGUGUCAGUUCAAAAAUGAAAAAUCGUCUCAUUAUCUAUGCCAGCGAAAAGGAAUUACAGAAGAGUGUCGAUGCCAAAUGUUUGCCUCUGGAAAUGGGCGGCACAAUGCCCAUGCGUGAGAUGAUCGAACUGUGGAAACAGGAACUGGCCUCCAAACGGGAUUUGGUCUUGGGUCUGGAUCAAAGUCAAUUGCUAUCGGAUCGUGGCAUACAGCGGCGAAGCAGUUUCAAUUCCGAGAAAUCAAGUUCGGGACCAAAUUUCGUAUCACAAAUUGAAUCGAUUGAGGGCAGCUUUAGGAAAUUGGAAUUCGAUUAGAGUAUCCCAAAACAAAAAAAAAAAAAAAUAAAUAAAUAAAAAAAAGCAAAAGGAUUAGAGCGCUGGACACAGACAGAGAAGGAUCGAUCUUCAUACAUUUAUCUAUUUACAUGAAAUUAUUUUAGUCCGCUUUUAUGCUUUUUCCGCUUGUCUUAUCAUUUUUUGUUCUACGGUGGGCACAUCCUAAUUGGAGUGUUUUUUGUUUUUUUGUUUUUUUUUGCUUUCAAAUAUAAU